CAGCAAGAUCUUUGUCGUUAAAGACUUAGGUAUUUUAACAGUGCGCCUUUCAGAAUCAGAGAGUUCCCAUAGCAUUUCAGAUUCUUCGACAUACCGACAAUAUGUCUAACUUGCGAGAUCUCCUCAAUCCUGUAGAUAAAGGCCAGCACGACAGCAUCUCUCACUCCCUGGGUGACUGGCUGGGAGUUGAGAAGGAACAAGAUCCGUACAUGGGCGACAUUCCUAGGACUCAAGAACUGGGCAUGAAUGGACCAGUCGAUGUGACCUCACUAGCCUUUUGGGGCGAUCUAAAUGGAGAUGUUACUGAGGGCGACAACUAUCUCCAACCUAGUCUCACAAACUCUAUAAUUGAUCCUCUAUUUCACAAAGAUGAUGUCCUUGCAAGCCAUUCUACUCGAAACAAUGCUCUAGACAUUGAUCCACAACUUGGAAUGAUGGAUUUGGAUAUGAAUUUCGACAUGAAUGUUAUUCAAAUGACGCCUUGUCCCGAUGAAGAGCAGAACGCUUCCUCCCAUAUGUCUACGGCACUCGAAAGCUUCCAAUUCCUUCAAUUACCCACAGAAAGCUCUCGAGAAGGGUCAGCUAGGACACCGGAAGUUUCUGGGUCAAGUCAGUCAAAUGCAACACUGGUGACAUUACCGCAAGAUGACGGCGUCACAGUCCACUACGGUAUGCUUCACAACAUCGAAGUAAAAUUGGUACCUGAUGACAUGUCAUUCAUAGAUGAAAGACUGGCAGCAGAGGGCUCAGCGUAUCAAUACUUUACACCAACGGAGUACCAGAAGCAACUCAUGCUUUGUUUCCCAGGUGAUGAGAAGCACUUUGGUCAUCUCCCUUCAGCGACAGGUCAGACUCUCUUGCUCCUGAUGACGCAACCAUCAGUCGACAUUCAACCAUUGGCCUUGAAAUGCGAUCUGAGGGAGGUCAUAAACCGCGCAAACAUACCCGCGGACGCUAGGGUCAAAGUCGAUAUAAAUAUCUAUGGGCUACAAUCCGAGGCAUUGAAUAUUGGCAAAAGACUCUCCGAUGGAAAGCUGUGGCUUCAGAGAUCUAUUCAUGGAAGACAUGGUAUUGCCUACGCGAACCCGCAUUUCCUGAACAUCAGCAUCCAAGAUACCGGAUCCGAGGAAGUCCUAAAUACGCAACUGGCUUUCAGCGAUGGUGCCCCUAAGAAACGAAGUAAAGAAGAUCAACUCCGGAAGAUGGUGGAGGAGGUUUACAAGACAGUCGAGAAGAAUCGCGAACUUGAGAUGGUUGAAGUUGGUGGCAGGGUGACGCGUCAGCUGUUAAGACAUCAGAAGGAAGCCCUGGGUUUCAUGCUCGAGAGAGAGUCUGGGCACAUCAACGAAAAGUACAGACUUUGGGAAGAGAUCGAGCAUGAGGAUGGAAAAGUCCAAUACCGACACAGAAUCACCAAGAGACGCAAAGAUAUACGGCCAGAAGAGAGGGGCGGCGGUAUCCUUGCUGACGACAUGGGAAUGGGAAAGUCGCUUUCCAUCCUCGCCUUGAUCAUGAAGACUCUGGACAAUGGCCAAGAGUGGGCGGAGAAGAAAAAUGCAGAGCAUAAAAGCAGGAGGUCUCUCAAGUUCUCUCGCUCUACUCUCGUUGUCGUCUCAGCAGCUUUAUUGAUCGAUGAGUGGAUGAAUGAGGUUAAGAAGCAUCUACAGAGAGGUCUCAAAGUUGUUAAGUACCAUGGCGAGAAUAGGCCGAAGACUCUUGAGGAGCUAUCUAUCAUUGAAGACUCGGAUAUCUUGGUGACAACAUAUCAUACACUUACUGCUGAGUAUCUAACAGGGAAAGGGAAGACUUCGCCGUUGUAUAAGUUGGGUUGGUAUCGAAUAGUCCUUGAUGAAGCUCAUAUCAUCCGUCGUCCAUCCACAAAGUUCUUCCAAGCAUGUGAAUAUCUCCACGCCAACUCUCGAUGGUGUCUUUCUGGAACGCCCAUCCAAAAUAGACUCACCGAUAUAGGCUCGCUGUUCCGCUUCAUUCGCGCCGAGCCAUUCGACAAGGCAUCUGAGUUUAGAAAGUGGAUAGAAACCCCAUUCGAUAACUCAUUCGACAACCCUGAGCUAGUAAGAGAUCGCCUGGUCAUGCUCCUUGAAGCAUUGUGUCUACGCCGAACUAGAGAGGUCUUGAAUUUACCAAAAACACGACAGCUUGUUCGACAUUUGGAGUUCAGUCCACAAGAGCGGGAUCAAUAUGACAGAACAAAGGCUGUCAUUCUACGUAACAUGGAGCAUCGUAUGGGUGAAGUCAAAAAGAGCUCCCAGUUUGGCAUGUUCCAGAUGUGGCUUCAGCUUCGAAUUGUCUGCAACCACGGAACGUAUCAGAAGCUCUUCUCGUGGCAUCGGAGAAGCCUCCUGGAAGAACGAGAGGCAAUAGUUGGGACUGCCGGUCAAUACGGAGAAAUAUCAUGCGUGGGAUGUGAGCAGCCAAUGCCAGUACUGGGAUGCAACUUGACGAAAAGAAUGUUUGACGACGAAUGCUCACAUAUUCUGUGUUCGAAGUGCAUCGAAGAGUCAAACAUGUGCUUACCCGAGACGCGAAGGCGGUGUCCCAUUUGCGUCAGAUGGUACAAAGAAUCUCCAGUAUCUGAAGAUGAGAAAGCUUUAGCAGGUGGUGAGAGACCCAGAAAGCGGCGAAAAGUUACUGUAGCAAAGGAUGAUAACGAGAGCUACUUCAAUGAACAAGGUCUUUCAACAAAAAUACGGACUCUGGUUGAGGAUGUUCAAAAGGAUCUAUGGACCACAAAAAGUAUCAUCUUUUCUUGCUGGACACGAACGCUGUAUUUGAUAUCGAGGUACCUGGAGCAGGCUAAGAUUCCAUACCUUCAACUCGACGGUAAUAGCCCUCUGCCUCAACGGCAGGCCACGCUCCUUACGUUUGAGAAUGAGGAUGAGACGCCUGUUCUUAUUAUGACAACAGGAACCGGAGCAUUUGGGUUGAACUUGACUUGCGCAAAUCGAAUCUUCAUCACAGAACUACAAUGGAAUCCCAGCGUCGAGAGCCAGGCGAUUUCGAGAGCCAUUCGCCUUGGGCAAGAAAGCGAAGUUCGAGUUACAAGAUAUAUUAUCAAAAGCACUGUGGAGGAGGACAUACGGCAACAACAGGACUACAAAAAGCAAAUUGCAGCACUGGGCUUCGAAGAAGAAAUCUACUAGAUAACGUACAUGCUGGUCUUGGGCAGCCCUGUCAUAGUGAGGAUAGUAGCUUAAUAAAUCUCAAUAUGAUCUUGUUUAUUGUUUAG